AUGAUGAGGUCGACCCCGGGUUGUCGGCUAAAUCGUUGGGCGACGAGCCGUGUUUUGUACCCGAGCACGUUUCCGUUGGCGUCUUUCUUCUUCCAUUAUCCAUUUCGACAGCACCAGGCGACCCCGCCGCCCCUCCCGCGCCUCAACACCCGGACCUACUCCAGCUCCACCGCCUCCACCACUCACUCGGCUCUCCUCCCGCCCCCGUCUCCCCUCGGCGCAUUUGCUGCUCCCCGCGUCUCCCCUGCCAGUAUUGGUAUGGGACAGAGGAGCGUCAGCAACGCCUCUUCUGCCUCUGACUUUGGUCUUACGGACGAGAUUGAUAGGCUGGGCUAUCUGUAUCCUCUUCGAACAGCAGUACUUCACCACCACCUCCUCAGCCCCAACCCUGCUGCCCCCAAACCCUCAUCAAUCCGCUCAAACUCUUCCUCUCGCGAUCCUCCCCUGCCAUCCCCUCCUCUCACCAGGACCUCCCCCUACGGCUCUCGCUUUUCUCCUUCCACUCCGCGCCCUUUUACAACACUGCCCCCAAGCUCCCGGAUACACCCAAAGCUCCCACCACUCCGCCCCCGAACCUCCUUGCCCAAAGAGUUUUUGCGCGAGUUUUGGGGGAUCCUCGGCGGGGAAGAGGGUGAUCAGGGUUGGAAGACUACUGUGAAGGCGUUCUUGGGGAUGAUCAAGAAGGGCACCAAAUCCUCGAAGUUCCACCUCUUACAGCUGCUCUACAACACCCUCCCUCGCUCUUCCCACUUCUCCCCCAUGUCACGUGCCCAGACCGACAAAGUCAAAGAGUUCCUCUCCCGUCUCCGCUCUGAAGUCCAAUCGUAUAUGCUCGCGUCGUCGCCCAACCCCGCUGAAGACGGCGCCUGGAGCAACUUGAUGGCGCCUGUGGCUACCACGCCAAAGAAGAGUCCUUCCGUUGACGCAUUCAGGAGGAAGCCGAGCCCUAUCUGGGAUGGGGAUUUGAACGAGAUGAUCAACACUGUCGGUCAAAUUUGGGGAGUGCGACGGGAUGUGAUGGAUAGGGAUGUCUUGGAAAUCAGGUCUCACGAAAAGUUUGUCGAGCGUCUCUACAUAAACGACCUCGACGCGCCCUCACCGCCUCUCCUCCCAGCCCCCUCCUCUCAUCUCCUCCCAAAAGAGCCGACAAGCCUAUCUCUCCCAAGCAUUCACAAACAUCUACAACGACUUUCCCUUGCUCAACGCCCCCUCCGACCCCAGCGAAUACGCUUCCCCAGCCCGGGACGUCGACGGCGGCUUCUUCUUCUUCAUCCCCAGCCGUACCGUCUAAGUCUUCGGUCGCCUCGCUUCUCGGAGUGCCGAAGCGGGCCACAGUGCGCGUACGCGAGCUUUGCUCGGACGUUGUCGAGAAGUGUGGGGCAUAAUCUCCCGCCGACAGAAAGAGAAAGAUCUCGAAGGGCUCGUCAAGCGAUGGGGCGACAGUAUCGGGAUCUCGGACGAAAGUCCUCUCGCGAGAACCAUCGCCUACGGCCUCAAACUCAUCUCUUCUGUCCUCAAAGCCGGCGACCCUUUACCUUCAGUCAUGAUCCAAUACCUCCAAUACCUCCAUAUCCUCCUCUUCCUCACAACCUCCAACCUCCUCACCAUAUUCCGUUCCUCCCCUCCUCCCGCCCCCCUCCUCCUCCUCCACCUUCUCUGCUUAUCCUGUUCAACGCUGCGCCGCGUUUGUUUGCGGCUCAGGAGGAUUCGAAAAGGACGUUGAGCGAUGCGCAGGAUGAGCUUGUGGGAGCUGCUAUAGGCGUGUAUAGCGGAGUCGCGAAGAGUACUUGGGCGGCGUCGGCGGCGGGGAGAAUAAGGGAUUGGUGGAGGGGUCGGAGAAGGUGGCGAAGUGGAUGGAGAAGGAAGUCAGGGGGGUCAAGAAGGCUUGGGGACGAGGACUCGCGUCGGCGCUCAACCCAGCAUCAUCCUCUCCCGCCAACUCCCUUUUUCCUCGCCGAACUCCAAGCCCUCUCCCUCCCUUCCCCCUCCGGCCAAGCGUCCGACAUCUUCCCCCUCUACGAAACCACCGGCAAGCUGCUCGAGCUUUGGGAAGAUCUCGUCGAAGAUAGAAAACAUGAUUUCGAACUGGAUGCGUUCUUUGAGCCGUUUGUGAGGGGGUGGUUGAAAGAGACGGAAGGGUCUGAGGUGGAGGGGUGGGUAGCGUGGAGCUGGGUGCCGGAGGGCGAGAACAAACAUAGUCAGUCUGUCAUCGACUUAUUCGGCUUUAUCCGUGGCUCAGCGAGUACCAUUCUUCACGACCUGCCCUUGAGCGUGUACAAGCGUGCCAAAUGGCCUUCUUGA